CUUACGGACGGCGGUGGGCCGGUGGGGGGCGGGGGCCCGGUGCCCCACAGAUGGCUGCUCAGCAAGAGCUGCACAACCCCGCUCUGCGGGUCCUGGAAGAAGCGUUGGGCGUGGGUUUGGGGGACGCCGGGGACGCGGCGGACGGGGUGGCCGCCGAGGGCGCCUACUACCUGGAGCAGGUCACCAUAACUGAAGCAUCUGAAGAUGAUUAUGAAUAUGAAGAGAUACCGGAUGACAAUUUUAGCAUUCCAGAAGGUGAAGAAGAUCUGGCAAAAGCAAUUCAGAUGGUCCAAGAACAGGCUACAGAUACUCAAAUUUUGGAGCAGAAAACAGUUCUUCCUUCAAGACAUGCAAUACCUGAAGCAGUAGAAGACUUUCUCUGCAAUUUCCUGAUCAAAAUGGGAAUGACCAGAACUCUUGAUUGCUUUCAGUCUGAAUGGUAUGAGUUAAUACAGAAAGGAGUAACGGAACUUAGAGCUGUUGGGAAUGUUCCAGAUGUCUACACCCAAAUUAUGUUUUUAGAAAAUGAGAACAAAAAAUUAAAGAAGGACUUGAAGCACUACAAACAGGCAGCUGACAAGGCUAGAGAAGAUCUGCUGAAAACUCAGAAAGAACGUGACUUUCAUCGAAUGCAUCACAAGCGGAUAGUCCAGGAAAAAAACAAAUUAAUUAAUGACCUCAAAGGAUUGAAGUUACAUUACGCAUCUUAUGAACCAACUAUCAGGGUGUUACAUGAGAAGCACCACACUUUACUAAAAGAGAAAAUGCUGACCUCCUUGGAAAGAGACAGAGCACUUGGGCAGAUUUCUGAACUUCAAGGCACAUUGAAGAACAUGGAACUAGGACAUAGUUACUGUGUUCCUGAAAUUAAAGUUGCUCACAAUUGUGAAAAAGGAAAUACAUCGGAAGGUCCUACUCAGAAAGGUCUUCGUGAAGCCAGGGAACAAAACAAACGUAAAACAAAAAUGAAAGACAAUACAAAGGAUUCAGAAUUUCCUGUACAUAUACAACCAAAUCCAAACCUGUAUUUAUGUAAAGAAAAUCUUUGUCCAGCAAAAUUUGACUACAAGCUGAAUAACAUUUUUAGACUUCAUGAACUUCCAGUGAGCUGUGUCGCCGUGCACCCCCACAAAGACAUCCUAAUCUCCUGUGGUGAAGACCGCCUCUGGAAGGUGGUGAGCCUCCCAAAAGGCAAUGUGCUUCUCACGGGAUUUGGCCACACAGACUGGCUUUCUGACUGCUGCUUCCAUCCCAGUGGCAACAAAUUGGCUACUUCAAGUGGUGACACUACAGUCAAAUUAUGGGACCUAUGUAAAGGAGAUUGCAUUUUGACCUUUGAAGGACACAGCCAUGCAGUAUGGUCCUGCUCCUGGCACUCCUGUGGCAAUUUUGUGGCUUCCUCCUCAUUGGAUACAACUAGUAAAAUCUGGGAUGUUAAUAGUGAAAGAUGCAGAUGUACUUUGUACGGACAUACAGAUUCUGUGAACAGCAUUGAGUUUUUUCCCUUCUCCAACACUCUUCUCACAGGUUCUGCAGACAAAUCCCUGUCUGUAUGGGAUGCAAGAACGGGUAAAUGUGAGCAGUCACUUUACGGUCACAUGCAUUCUGUCAAUGAUGCCACCUUCUCUCCCAGCGGUCACAUGAUAGCCUCCUGCGAUGCCUGUGGGGUUACAAAACUAUGGGACUUUCGGAAGCUCUUACCAGUUGUGUCCAUUGACAUAGGUCCAAGUCCUGGCAAUGAAGUGAACUUCGACUUAUCAGGUCGAGUUUUAGCUCAGGCGAGUGACAAUGGUGUUAUCCAUUUGCUAGAUCUUAAAUCUGGGCAGAUUCACAAACUGAUGGGCCAUGAGGGCGAGGCGCACACGGUCGUGUUUUCUCCCGACGGGGAGAGUCUGUUUUCCGGAGGUUCUGACGGCACCGUUCGAACGUGGUCUUGA